GCAAAGAUGGCGGUGGUGGCAGCGGUCCUCCUGCUGCGUCUGUGCGACUUUGCUGUCAUGUUGGUGGCGGUGCUGGCUGUCGCCGUGCUGGUUGCGCCACUGCACCAUGAGCAGUGUGUGUGCCUGGGAGAAGUCGUGUUUCAAGAGGACAAGCUGGGCAUCCUUCACAUCAACACGAGCCAGCCAGAGCAGCAAAGCGUGGUGGUAAACGGCGUGGACACGACCGAGCUGUUUGGCAACGUGCGUGCGCACGUUGGCAAACUGCAGCAGCUGCAGCAGGCGUUGGAGGAGCAAACGGCGUGGAACGAGCAGCAGGGGGAUGUGCUUGACAACAUGACCGCCACGUUGUGCAAAGCCCUUGGGCCCAUCAGCCCCAGAGCUGACGACACUGCCAUCCCCGUGCCGAGCCUCGGCACUCGCAAAAACGUCGCAGAGUGGAUUGGCGGCGUGCUUGACCACGCAUCGGGCCUCAUCUAUGGCAUCCCAUACGAGGCGUCAGCCGUGCUCAUCAUUGAUCCAGUAACAGGCACAGCCGACGUGACCACCAUCACAGGGCUUCCGGAGAGCGGUGCCAAGUGGGCGGGCGGCUUGCAGGCGGACAACGGGCUCAUCUACGCGUUCCCGCACAAUGCGCAGGCCGUGCUGGUGAUUGACCCAGCCACCAACGCGGUCGACAACACAACCUUGGGCGGCUUGCCCUCGAGCAGUGGCAAGUGGGUCAGCGGCGUGCUCGCAGACAGUGGGCUCAUCUAUGUGAUUCCCUGGACGGCAUCGUCCGUGCUCAUCCUGGACCCCAUCAGAAACACCACAGACAUGACGUCCAUCGAUAGGGUCGUGGGCAGUGGCUAUCGCUGGUACGGCGGCGCGCAGGCAGCCAACGGCCUCAUCUACUGCGUGCCGCGCCAAGCCAAUGCGGUCCUGAUCAUCAACCCCGCCACAAACACCGCGGACGUCACUUCCCUGGGCGGAUUCCAGCUCUUCAGCAACAAUUGGUUCGGCACCGUGCUUGCGGGCAACGGGCUCAUCUUCGGCAUUCCUUUCGAAUCCAAUGCUGUCCUCAUCAUUAACCCGUCAGACAACAGCACAGACACCAGCACCAUCUCCUCCCUGCCGGAAGGCGGUAGCAAGUGGCUCGGGGGCGUGUUCGUCCCUUCCACGCAGCGCAUCAUCGCCACCCCAUACGCCACGUCCUCGGCACUCGUGAUCGACCCUGACAGCAAAACCAUUGACACCACGAGCGCUGCAGGCUUUACCGCGGGCCGUGGCAACUGGUUCGAUGGCGUACUUGCAGGCAACGGCAUCAUCUACGGCAUUCCCCACGGCUCCAACAACGUUCUUAUCAUCGAUCCCGGAUGCUAACUGCAGCAGGGGAGGAGUGCGUGCGUGCGUG